AUGGUCAAUUCUACAACGGGAGGUAGCGUUAGAGUUAUGAAUGCUUGCAGUCCUGUGUGCAAGUUAGAGACACCAGAAGUACCUUCUUCACUGACGCAGGCGAGGAAAAAGCACAGACGACGAGGGCCAAGAUUGACUGGCGUCAGCAAACAAAGAAAAUCGGCGAACGCUAGAGAAAGGAGCCGCGUAAGAGUCAUAAACAGCGCGUUUGAGAGCCUUCGCGAGUUAAUACCACUGUCACCGACCGAGAAACGACCUUCAAAGAUAGAGACGGUUAGAUUGGCUGCCCUCUACAUCCAUCAUCUCACAGAAUUGCUGACAAACAUCGGCAAGCGUGACUCGGAUAUCCAUGGGAAUGCUGAGGCGUUUAGCGUUGUCGUUAAAAAGGAAAAGAUUGACGAUGAGGACUUUUGGAACAAUACAAACUGA